AUGCGGCCAGCUCCCAAUACGCUCUUGCGCCCUUACCGUCUUGAUAAUGUGUGUCGACAAUGCAUCCGCCAAGCUUCGGGCUUCCCUCGAGGCGUCUUCUCGUCGCCAUUGAUCCCGAGACGAGCUGCCUCGACCACGGCACCAAAGGCGGCGCCCGCUGUGCGACUCGGCGCGAGUUACUUCCUUUCCAACAGCGUCCUGGAUCGCGCGAACCCUCGCCCUCGACAGUCAGGGAGUAGAAGCUCUUCUGCCUCGGCCUCGAUCGCUUCCUCUUCGUCCUCCUCCUCUUCGACAAACCCCCGCGCCGAGACGAACCACCUCGACGUAAACCACGAACUUCCACAUCGUCGCCGCCAAGCCGCGAGACGCAAAGCCGCCGCUGAAGCCGCCGCGUCCUCUUCACCCGAAGUCCCUCUCCCUCAAGAUGCCUCCUCCGCCCUCACGAGCGUCGCCGAGCGACAACCCGCCCACUCCGCCCGCCGCAUCUUCUCGACCCUCCUCUCCCUCUCGAAGCCCCGCCUCUCGGCGCUCGUCGUGCUGACGGCCAUGGCUUCCUACGCUGUAUACCCCGUCCCCGCCUUCCUCUCCCCCGCCAUCACCGAGUCGCCCUCGCUCAGCCCGCUGACGCUGCUCUUCUUGACCACCGGCACCGCCCUGUGCUCCGCCUCGGCCAACUCCCUCAACAUGCUGUACGAGCAAUCGACCGAUGCCAAGAUGACCCGAACGAGGAACCGUCCGCUGGUCAGAGGAUUGCUUUCGACGAGGGCCGCGGUCAUGUUCGCCGUCGCGACCGCCGUCACCGGUGUGGGUGCGCUCUACUUCGGCGUCAACCCGACCGUCGCAUUCCUCGGCGGCGCCAACAUCGUCAUCUACGCCGGCAUGUACACGCCGAUGAAGGCCAUGAGCGUAGCAAACACAUGGCUGGGCGCUGUCGUCGGUGGGAUUCCCCCACUCAUGGGCUGGGCGGCGGCAGCAGGCGAGACUGCGUCGGGCGACGGGUCGUGGCGGGAACUGCUCCUGGCCAGCGACGGUAGCUCCAUUGGCGGCUGGUUGAUGGGCGGUCUCCUCUUUGCCUGGCAGUUCCCGCACUUUAUGGCAUUGUCAUGGCCCAUCAGGGAAGAGUACAAGGCGGCCGGACUGCGGAUGCUUGCGUGGACAAACCCGGCCCGCAACGCCCGCGUGGCGCUGCGCUACAGCAUUGCCUUCAUCCCCCUCUGCGUGGCGCUCUGCGCCGCCGGCGUGACGGAGUGGAGCUUUGCUGUGACGAGUUUGUCGGUCAACGGUUGGCUUUCGUGGCAGGCUGUGAGGUUCUGGAAGUACGAGGGCCAUAAGGGCUCGGCGAGGGGUCUGUUUUGGGCCAGUGUCUGGCAUCUGCCUGUCGUCAUGGUUUUGGCGCUGCUCCAGAAGAAGGGCAUGUGGAGUCGUGUGUGGAAUAGUGUCAUGGGUACCGAGGACGACGACGACGAGUGGGAGGACGAGCUGGAAGAGAUGCCUGUUGCUCCGCCCAUUCCGCGCGAUAGAUAG